AUGGGGGUAGGUGACUUCGCGGAUGAAGCCGAUUGCCUGAAGCUUGUCUACUUCGGUAUUCAUGGCCUCGUAUCGUUCGGCGUCAUAGGAUCGUCUCUUCUGUCGAACCGGCUUGAAAGAAGGGGAGAUGCUGAGCUUGUGGUUGAUGACGUCCGGGGAGAUCCCAGUGCCAAUUCGGGUCUGCUGAUCCAGUGUGUCGGAGAUGGAGAUCGUUUCGAGCUCUUCGGCAGGUUGAGCUUGUGGCGUGACGUUAUCGUCCCGUGGGUCAUCGGGACGUUCGACAUGCCUUUGCCCUAA